ACGUACACGUGGCAAUCAUCGACAAAGGAAAUGAGCUCUUAUAUAUCGACCUUCGUCAUGUGUCUGAAAUCGAAGCAUUUCACACCACAAAGAUCAGUAAUGGCUCUCGAGGCAUGGUUUAUGGAUGAUAGCAAUGAAGACCAGAGACUUCCUCAUCAUCGCAACCCGAAAGAGUUCGUCACAUUGGAUUACUUAGCAGAUCUGGGAGUGGUGCACUGGAAGCUGAACCCUGAAAACUACGAGAAUGAUUCCAAGCUAAGCAAGAUUAGAGAAGAACGGGGUUACGAUUACAUGGAUUUGCUGGAUCUAUGUCCUGAGAAAGUGAGCAACUACGAGGAGAAGCUGAAGAACUUUUUCACAGAACACAUUCACAAGGACGAAGAGAUUCGUUACUGCCUAAAGGGAAGUGGCUACUUUGAUGUUAGGGACAAGGAUGACCGUUGGAUCCGAAUCUUGAUGAAACCGGGCGAUCUCAUUGUCCUUCCUGCCGGAAUCUACCACCGGUUCACACUUGACACCAGCAACUACAUCAAGCUAAUGAGGCUGUUCGUGGGAGAACCGGUUUGGACACCAUAUAACCGGCCCCAGGAAGAACAUCCGGUUAGGAAGGAAUAUAUAAAGAGCUUGACCAAGAAGUUUGGAGAAACCAUCCGAGCUUAUUAAGAAGUUUACUAUAUGCUUUGUGGUGUCGUAUGUAUUGUUUACUCUACCAGUAAAAGCAGAGACUCCUUCCUGCUUGUUUUGUGACAUACUUUAAUAUAUGCUUUUACAUCUAAAAAUAGAAAGUAUUAAAACUA